CACGGCUUGACGGCCACAAAUGCCACUCAAAUCUGCAGACGUGUCAAAACCCAAGCCGCCAUGCCCCGCCCUAAUACGUAAAUGACGGUUGCCACGGACGACCAACGGGACUUCUAUUCGCUAGCAGAAAUCAGAAGACCUCCACUUCUGUAAAAGGAAGUAACAUGAUGCUGUCAGCUCCUUCCCCCAUCUGGCUGGCCUGUUGAGUCCAAUCAAGAACGUUGAUGAAGUCUAUUAAAACCUUAUGAUUUCUACGGUCUACAUUUCGCAGAGGAAGCGUUUAAGUCCACCGAGGAUCGAUUGGACCAGACUGAUAAGGAAAAAACACCUUGUAACAAAAUCUGUGUUAUUUCUACUAUAUUGGAACAAUACUUGUCUAGAACAGCUUUAGAGUUUUUGCAUCAUCCCGUCAGGGAUCUGUAGUGUCCGAACUGCAAGAAAGAAAAAAAAACCUUUCUAAGAUGUGUGGCUUGUGAUAGAGUUCAGUUAUAAUAUUGUCAAUCAUAACGUACUGGAGCAUAAAUAGAAACAACAAGAUGGCUCUUUUGGACGACCCAGCGUUUAUCAUCGCCCACAUCCGGCACUCCUUCAUCACCAGCGAUGACACUGGGAUGUGCGAGAUGGCCAUCAUGAAUGAGGACCUGGACUGGAAGGAGAGGAGGCAGGAAGCCUUGGACCGGAGGAAGAAGCCCUGGGCCCAGUACUACAGCAUGGAUCCCGAUCAAGAAGAUAUAGACAUCUUUGGUGAAUCAUACGAGAUUGAGGCUACUUCGGAGUAUGGCUUCCGACAGCGAUCCAAUACCGCGGUGCGACUGGAGAAGCUACGCAGUGACCGCAUGGCCCAGAAGAAGUGCAAGCGUGUUCAGUGGAAAGGCGAGGCUUAUAUGGAGUUUCCCGAGGAGGAUCUGGAUGAACUGUUUGCCAAAAAGAAUGUCCCCAGAAAGAAUUCCGAUAAUGAAGACCGUCGCCGCUCGGUGCUCUCCCUGCAGCUGGAGCAGAACCCGGAUCAGGCCAACAAUCCCUUCUCAGAAUAUGCCAAGUUUGACGGCAAGGCUCAUGCAGGCAAUUCAAACAUCAAGAGGAUUGACAUCUACCUGGCCAUGUGUGAGGGAGAUGCGCGAGAGUUCCCCGUCACCAUCCACGUGGUGGGGAAUGCCAAGGUGUUGGAUCUCAUUGGACUGAUAUGCUGGCACUACCUAAACAAGGGGUACCAGCCUAAACUCAGGCAAAACGUGGAAUCUUACUGCCUGAUGAUUGCUGAAGAGGAUGGGGAAGUGGACACGGACUUUCCGGCGCUUGACAACCGAGAAGCCAUCUCCAAGUUUGGCUUCAACACGCUGGCCCUGGUUCCACUGGACAUCGUGGAGGAUGGGAACAGCGAAGAGCCGCAGCAAGAGGGAUGCGUGGUGAACAUAAAAUCUUCCGACGGUGAAUCCAAAGUGGCCGUUGACAACCUUAACACCACGCUACGCGAGAUCUUAGUCCGGGCUUUGCGGAAGCGAAAGGGGGUCAUACCGACGGCAGGCCCAGACUACAUCCUGGAGCGGGAGCAUGAACCGGGCGUGGCCCUUGACCUUGACACCAAGCUGAGUGACAUGAGCUCCUUUGACCUGGUCAUGGUCCGUGAACACAGCAAAAGGGACUAUGGCAAACAGGAGAGGGUAAGGCAUGUAUCCACAGUGGAACCACCGCUGGUACUCAGCACACAGUACAAAUCCUACAGAAUCAACAUGCUGCACAGAUUGAGACCAACCACCGAGAUCCAACUUGGAGUGUCCGGGGACAAGAUCGAGAUAGACCCCGUCUCCCAGCCCAAGACCACCGCCGCCAAAUUCUGGAGUAGCAAGCAGAAGGCGGUUUCCAUAGAUACCGACCGACUGGCGGCCUGCGCCAUCACGGACGAGAAGCCCUCAGGCAAGACUGUUUUCCGCCUGACCUACAAGAGCGUCAGCCACGAUUUCAAGCAUCGGGACUUUGAGACAGACCACCCGACGGCCAAGCACAUCGUCACCAAGAUCAACCAGAUCCUGGAGCUGCGAGCCAGCGCCGUACGCAACGACUACACGAUAUGGAAGGACCGACGGCACAGCACUAAGAGACACCAUGACAAGUGAAGCUGUGCAAGUGUCGGUUAAGGGGCCGUUCUCCAUUGUGCAUUGUUACCGGAUUUCGUCCGGGUAAAAAAAAAAUCGCAAUGUAUUGGUACACACUGCUUGCGCACAUAUCAUGAGGUAGCAUUUUUCCAAAAUAUCUCAAAUUUUUCCAAAAUACUGUUGAGAUAUGGAUUUGCUUUCUGAUUCUGCAAUCAACACAUUGUCGGCUAUGAUGUUAUGUAGAUUGCCCACAACAUCUCUCUGUAAGCCGUCCAUUAAUUUGCAUAAAUUUACAUGAUUCUGCGCAGGUUUACGCCAAUAUACAAAUUUUGUACUUCUGUGCGACAUGCUGCUGAGGAGGGGUGAAGGGGAGGUGGUCAUAUUAUUUGUAUGCAAGGGCUAGAAACUGCCUUGAAUUUAAAGGAUGAACACAUGAUGGCAUUAGGCAAAGAAAGUCAUCAAAAUAUUUUGUUUUUCAAUAUGGAGAGUUAAAGAGAGGAGCGUUGAACUUCAUAUUGCAUUAGGGAGUGUGAUUGUCAGGUUCGUGUGGCAGUUAAUUGACGGUGUUUUUUAUUUGUACCAAGUACAUGUAAGUGCAUGUACUGUUGUAGUGCUAUGUGGAGAGUGAGAGUGUUUUCUUAAAACUUGAAAGCAUAGAUACAACAGUGACUUGGCAUUUCAGGCUACUGGCUUUGGGGAAAUUGUGGACCAAGUUUUAUCUAAGUUUUUUUACCCAAAAGUCAUUUGACCCCCAAACCUUUUUGUGACGUUCUUUAAAACAGAAAUUGCAUCCACACGAUUUAUAAAAGAGAGCAGGUAAUGUCCCCAAGAUGAUUUGGUACCAAAAUUAUUCACAACAUUUCAAAAUCAAUUACCUGGAGGUUGAAGUAAAAACUAUUAUUUGUAUUCUAUAAAAAAAAAAAAAAAGUCACUUCCUACAUAUGUUAGCAAAGAUUUGUAUGUUUUCCUUGUACUGACUACAUACUGAUACAGUUUACAUUGUGUCAGUAACUUGUUAUAACAUGUAACUUAAUUCUUUAAACCACUUUUUUCAGGUUUUAUUUUUUAUAUGGUCUCACUGUAUUGAAUUAUGGAUUGCAAUUCUGUUGCGAAAAUUAUUUGGUGAAAACUGACCAUUGCUCAACAGAGUGAAUUUGUAUGAAUGAGUUGUGAAAUAUUUGUGUUAAGUAAGAUUUGAGGCUUUGCAUGGUGAAGAUGCUAAAUAAUGAAAGGUUUGCGGAAACACCAUGUGCGAAUAAUUUCUCAACUAAGAGAAUGGUUCUGAAAAGAACCAGAGGUAUAAACUCGACGUUCCGGUCAGUAUGCUCUGUUACCGAAAUGCAUCAUUUUUUUUCCUGCAGGUGAAAGUUCAUAAUGUAUACUUCAAUGUAGUCCCUGUAUCUGAAAUGUCCCCAAAUUACCCAAAUAUUUCUUCCUCUUUUUUUUUUU